AUAAACGAUCGUCUUGAAUAUCCUCUGGAAAUUGAUUUACAAAGAUAUUUAUUACCAGGUAGGUCAAAACUGUAUAAUUAUUUACUUAAUAGUAUAAUUGUUCAUAGUGGUGAUUUAUAUGGAGGCAAUUAUCAUGUUUUUUUAAAGCCAGAAAAGAACAGCAAAUGGAUCACACCUGCAACAAAUACAGAAGUACUUGAAGAUAACUACGGAGUUGAUGCUAUUAGUUCUACAAAUGCAUACACUAAUGCAUACAUAUUGAUAUAUAUUC